AUGGCGCUCCUACAUUCACAGCCAUUUCUCCCACAAAAGGCUCAUCAUACCUCGUUUCAGUUUAACCAAACACACCGCAAACCAAGAACCCUACUUUUCGCCUUGAAACUCAUAAACCCUUGUCGUCAAUUGCAGAAGAACUGGCGGAAAUUGAGCGCAGUUGCUCAGGAGAGUUCCACCGUCGGAGGCGAUGAGAGCGUGAUUGAAGAAGAGGUGAUCGGAAAAAAGGAAGUGGCGGACUAUGAUUGGACUGAAGAAUGGUACCCGCUUUACCUGACCAAGAAUGUGCCGGAUGAUGCGCCUCUUGGCCUCACCGUCUUUGAUAAGCAGAUCGUUUUGUACAGAGAUGGCAAUGGCGAGCUUAGGUGUUAUGAAGAUCGAUGCCCACACAGGCUUGCGAAGCUUUCCGAAGGACAAUUGACCGAUGGUAGAUUGGAAUGUUUGUACCACGGUUGGCAAUUUGAAGGAACUGGCGCCAAAAUCCCCAAAUCGGCUUGUGUGAAAACAUAUGAAAUUAAAGAUUCGCAAGGUGUUGUUUGGAUCUGGAUGUCCCACAAGGCCCCACCAAAUCCCGACAAAUUGCCCUUUUUCGAAAACUUUGACCGGUCGGGUUUUCGUGAUAUCUCGACCACUCACGAGCUCCCUUACGAUCACUCGAUCCUCUUAGAGAACCUAAUGGACCCGGCCCACAUCCCCAUCUCACAUGAUCGCACGGAUACCACUACAAAGCGUGAGGAUGCGGGCCCACUAUUCUUUGAGGUGACCGAAAGAACGGAUCGAGGCUUCGCGGGCCUCUGGGGCCUAGAGAAGAAUCGGUCAGACCCGAAUUACACUCCAUCUUCUUUGAGAUUUGAGGCACCUUGUGUUCUUCAGAACAAUCGAGAAAGCACGGGCAAGGAUGGUAAAAAAAUCUACAUUUCGGGGCUUUUCCUCUGCCGGCCCAUGGGCCAGGGGAAGUCGAUGCUUAUAGUUCGGUUUGGAAGCACUGGAAAACCACCCUUGAUAUUGAAAUUGUUCCCACAGUGGUAUUGGCACCAGAAUGCGAGCAAGGUUUUCGAACAAGACAUGGGCUUCCUCUCUUCUCAAAACGAAACCUUAAUGAAAGAGAAAGUGCCCACGAGGGAACUUUACAUUAACCUGAAAUCAUCAGACACGUGGGUGGCCGAGUACCGGAAAUGGAUGGACAAGGUUGGGCACGGGAUGCCUUACCAUUUUGGGCACAGCACAAUUUCCCUUCCGGAAAUUCCAGCAGUCGUCGAGCAUGCGCCAGUUGGAUUCGCGGCGAAUCUCUCGGCUUCUCAGCCGGCCAAGGGUGGAAUCGGAACAGUUCAUGCGCCGAACCUCGCGAAUAGGUAUUUUCGGCACGUGGUUCAUUGCAAGGAGUGUGCGAGUGUCUUGAAGGCGUUCGAAGCGUGGAAGAAGGUUUUUUCUGGGAUUGCUUUAGUAACGACGGCCCUUGCUAUUCUUGUUUCCGGAAGGCAGUGGAAGGGCCUGCUUUUGUUGUCGACCGGCCUGUGUCUCGGGGGAAUUUAUGUUUGUUCGGCUGUGAUUGCUAUGCACACGAUCAAUUUCAUCAGGACACAUAGAAGGCUGUGA